AUGGAUACUAAAUCAUUUUAUGGUUCAAGGCCACGAAAUUUUCUGGCCCUUGUACCAGAAGAUCCUCAAGACUCUGAGGCUGAUCUGAGUGAUAAUGAUGAUGACAUAGGGGAUCCUGAGUAUCUGCCCAAACAAGCAGAAAUGAUUAGGGAUUUUUCCACUGAAUCGGAUGAGGAGGAGAUGCCCUCAACAAGCACAUCUGCUAAGAGGAAGAUAAAAGGGAAAAACACCCUAAAAACAGUCAUGGAAGAGCUGGAUGUGGCUCUUAUGUCACCCCCAGUCACAAAGAAGAAGAAAAUGGCUGAAAAGAAAGAUAAAGAAGCCAGGAGAAUCUGGAAGCAUGUCGAUAUUGAGGAAUUCCAGGUUCCUGAUCCAAGUUUUGCACCCCCUGAUGCUGUCAAGACACCCUUCCAAUACUUCAAAGGGAUCUUCACUGAUGAGAUGAUUCAACAUAUUGCUCAUCAAACAAAUCUCUACUCUGCCCAGGAGUUGGGGGAUCCGAUCAAGACUAACCCUGGUGAGAUUGAAGAUUUCCUUGCUAUGCUACUUUUGAUGGGUGUUUUUGACUUCCCAGCCAUGGAGGACUACUGGCACCCUGCAUCACGCUUCAACGUGAUUGCUGAUAUCAUGCCGCAGAGGAGAUUCAAGCAAUUACGUCGCUACAUUCACUUCAAUGAUAAUCAGCAGUGUGAUGGGAGCCCUGACCGAUUUUACAAAAUCCGACCCCUUUUUGAGAUGCUUCGUAAGCAAUGUCUCCUCAUCCCAUCCACCUACAAGCACAGUGUGGAUGAAGUCAUGGUGUCUUAUAAAGGCACAAGGGCUGGCAAUCUCCGCCAAUACAUUGCCAAUAAACCUGACAAGUGGGGCUUUAAAGUGUUCUGUCGUGCCAGUUCAUCUGGCAUUAUCCAUGACCUACUGCUCUAUCAAGGGCCGUCCACCUUCUUCAAUGUUGAUCUAAGUGAGGAAGAACAGGAGCUACUUCUAGGCAGCAAAGUGGUGACAACAUUAUGCAAAACCAUAACACAGCCACGGCUUUCAGUUGUCUUCUUUGACAAUUACUUCACUAGUUUCGACCUGAUCCUGAGCCUGUACGCAAAUCUGGGCAUCAAGUGCAUCGGCACAGCCCGAUCAAACCGCAUCGGUGGAGCUCACCUGAUAGAAGACAAAGAGCUGAUGGAGAGAGGACGUGGAGCUCUUGACUAUAAGUCUGCUGAAGGAGUACUCGCAGUCAAAUGGUAUGACAAUAAAUGUGUUACCCUCCUGAGCAAUGCCUGUGGGAUCAUGCCCCUUACAAGUGUCCAACGGUGGAGCAAAGAUGAGAAAGCGAAGAUUGCUGUCCCAUGCCCUUCACUCAUUGCUGCCUACAAUCAGCAUAUGGGUGGCAUUGAUCUUUCUGACAUGCAGGUUCACCUGUACAAGACCCCUGCCAAGUCACGACGCUGGUACUUCCCCCUGUUUGGAUAUGUCCUUGACCUGUCCAUCUCCAAUGCCUGGCUGGUCUACAAUAGAGACUGUGGCCUACUGAAGGAAAAACCAAUGCCUCUCAAAAGAUUUCGCCUGGCUGUGGCUCACAGUUUGAAACAAGUCAACAAGGCAGCACCCAGAGUUGGCAGACCAUCAUCUGCCUCUGCACCACAAAUGUCCUGUGAGAAGAAGUGCCUCCCCCCAAGACCCCCCAAACCACAACCAGAUGUACGCUACGACAACUAUGGACAUUUGCCACUUCAUACUGACAACCGGGGGCGGUGCUGCCUCUGCCCAAAGGGUGUGUCAAGAUGGAAAUGUGGGAAGUGCAAUGUUUUCCUGUGCUUGAUCGGAGAGAGGGAAUGCUUCGCAGCAUACCAUCAAAAAUAA